AUGGCACGUGGUCUGCUGACGUCAGAUGGCUGCACACGCUCCGCUGCCCAAGGACGGCAUCCCUGUUCCUUCCUUCCUAAUGAAGUCUCACGCCCGAUAACACGUCCGCUACCACUCUCCGCUAAUUCGCACGACUCCGACACCAUGCCAGACACUGCCAAGGACGAGGUGCCUGACAGAGUGCUGUUCCAGAGGGGCGGCAGAACGCUCGAGGUGCACGGCGCGCGCUUCAUGCGUCCGCACACCGUCGUCAAGCCCUGGGAACAGAAAAGCCACGCGCCCGCAGAGGACGCGAGCUCCAGUCUGCUGCAGGCUGGAGGACACAGGCCUGCGCCGGCCGGCGCUGCAGGCCACGCGACGGACAGCGAGAAGGAAGCGAGCGGCCGCGCGGGCCGCAAGGACACGAGCGAGGGGCAGGGGGGCGACGUCUCGCCACGCGCCGCGCGCAGUCAGCCGCGCGGGGGCUCGGCGGAGCACUAG